AGUUCGCAGCGCUUGAAUCGCCGGGUCCGGGUUCAAAUCUCCGUGCGAUAAGGAUAUACAUACACAUAGCGAAUAGAAAGUGAACGCUGAAACUGAACGCCUGUAGAUCUGUGGAUACUCCGCGAAGAUGUCCUCGAAAGUGAUAACCUCGUUAAUGGCCGAGAGCAUAUUGCUCUCGAAAGUGGGCCAAGUGAUAUCCGGCUACUCCCCGAUCACGGUUUUCCUCCUGGGAUCCAUUCUAAUUUUCCUCGUGGUCUACAACAAGCGCCGCUCCCGACUGGUGAAGUACAUCGAAAAGAUCCCGGGACCUGCGGCUAUGCCCUUCCUGGGCAACGCCAUCGAAAUGAAUGUGGAUCACGACGAGCUCUUCAAUCGCGUCAUCGGCAUGCAAAAGUUGUGGGGCACCCGAAUCGGAAUCAAUCGCGUUUGGCAGGGAACAGCUCCAAGAGUGCUCCUUUUCGAGCCUGAGACCGUGGAGCCCAUACUGAACAGCCAGAAGUUUGUGAACAAGAGCCACGACUACGACUAUCUGCAUCCUUGGUUGGGAGAGGGUCUGCUCACCAGCACAGAUCGCAAGUGGCACUCCCGCAGGAAGAUCCUCACACCUGCCUUCCACUUCAAAAUCUUGGACGAUUUCAUCGACGUUUUCAAUGAGCAGAGCGCAGUCUUGGCCAGAAAAUUGGCGGUGGAGGUGGGCAGCGAGGCGUUCAACCUGUUCCCCUACGUCACGCUCUGCACCUUGGACAUUGUUUGUGAAACCGCCAUGGGUCGCAGAAUUUACGCCCAGAGCAAUAGUGAAUCGGAGUACGUGAAGGCGGUCUAUGGCAUUGGAUCGAUUGUGCAGAGUCGGCAGUCGAAGAUUUGGCUGCAGAGCGACUUCAUUUUCAGCCUGACCGCGGACUACAAGCUCCACCAGAGCUACAUAAACACCUUGCAUGGAUUUUCCAACAUGGUGAUCCGCGAGCGAAAGGCUGAGUUGGCCAUUCUCCAGGAGAACAAUAACAACAAUAAUAAUAGCGAACCCGAUGCCUAUGAUGACCUGGGAAAGAAGAAGCGCCUGGCCUUCCUGGACCUCCUCAUCGAUGCCUCUAAGGAAGGAACUGUGCUUUCUAACGAGGACAUUCGAGAGGAGGUGGACACCUUUAUGUUCGAGGGCCACGACACCACCUCUGCGGCCAUUUCCUGGACACUAUUUUUGCUGGGUUGCCAUCCCGAGUACCAGGAGCGCGUGGUGGAGGAACUGGACUCGAUCUUCGGCGCCGACAAGGAGACGCCGGCCACCAUGAAGAACCUUCUGGAUAUGCGAUACCUGGAGUGCUGCAUCAAGGACUCGCUGCGCCUGUUUCCCAGUGUCCCAAUGAUGGCUAGGAUGGUGGGCGAGGAUGUGAACAUUGGUGGAAAAAUCGUGCCCGCCGGAACUCAGGCCAUCAUUAUGACCUACGCCCUGCACCGCAAUCCGCGUGUCUUCCCCAAACCGGAGCAGUUCAAUCCGGACAACUUCCUGCCGGAAAACUGCGCCGGACGCCAUCCCUUCGCCUACAUACCCUUCAGCGCCGGACCGCGAAACUGCAUUGGCCAGAAGUUUGCCAUUCUGGAGGAGAAGGCCGUGAUUUCCACGGUUUUGAGGAAGUACAAAAUCGAGGCUGUGGAUCGCCGGGAGGAUCUCACGCUGCUGGGCGAGCUCAUUCUGCGGCCCAAGGACGGCUUACGGGUUAAGAUUACUCCAAGGGAUUAAGGAGCUGAUUCCCUGCCUCGGAACUUACCCCGUUCGCUUCUAUCCAAAGCCCAGUUGUAAAUAAUUAGAGUUAGCCGGAUAUGUUAGGUCUAGAGAUUAGUUUAUGUUAAACUUUGUAACCGAUGGAAUUCUUUAUAGCAUAGGAAUAAACCUCAUCGCAUAAUUUGUUAAAAGUCAUGAAAGUGAGUAAAA